AUUGAUCUUUAAUCCUAUGAUAAUGACCUAGAUAACUGUAUGUAUUUUGCAACUUUUGAAAUUGUCAGAUGAAAGGACCUUCUGGUGAACAGAUUCAAGAUUUUCACGACAAGAUCAGUGAGAAAUUUGAGUUUGUGGCUCACCAUAAGGGUGUUCAUCGGUUCUGCUUUACUAACAAGUCUCAUUAUCAUGAAACCAUCGACUUUGAUGUACACGUUGGCCAUUUUACAUUCUAUGAUCAGCAUGCAAAGGACGAGCAUUUCAACCCCUUGUUGGAACAGAUAGGGAAGCUGGAGGAGGCUCUCUACAACAUUCAGUUUGAGCAGCAUUGGCUGGAGGCUGAGACUGAACGUCAAGCAAUUGUGAACGACGCAAUGAGCAGAAGGGCAGUCCAUAAGGCUUUCUUCGAGUCAGCAGCACUUAUUGGGGCGAGUGUUCUCCAAGUUUACCUGCUCCGCCGCCUUUUUGAGAGGAAGCUUGGUUUCUCUCGAGUUUAACAUUGAUACUGUCAGAUGACGCCAAAGUAAUAAGAGAUUUUGUUACCAACGCCAGUCUUCGGUUCUUUCUUUAAAUAUCCAUAGAGACAUGUGUAGACAAGGAAACUGUUUACUUUGUGAAAAGGUCAUAUGAUAGAUGACCUUGAGGUGAAAAAACAGAAUGCGUCAGGCCAUGAAGAAAAAUUGGGCAUUCUACUAGGUUCCAUCGUUAAGUUCAUGGCAAUUACAACUUCUUCCUAACUAGAGUGAAGCUCAAAUCAAAUUGAAGCAAAGAGAAGGAAAAGAUGUGAGGAAGAGAGCUUUGUUUUAUUUUGUUGUUUGGUAAGUAGGACAGCCAUAGCUCCACAGUUUUGGAAUUGCAUUUACUGGGAUUGGAACCUUGGUCUCAUUCUUGAGGUCUUUGGCGGUGAUUGUG